AUGGCGCCACAUCAGCGCUACCCCCCUCACAACCUCUCCAACCCUUUCGCACAUCUUGCUGGCGGCGGACCCAUGAACCCCCAACCACAGCUGCAACAACAGCAGCAGCAGCAACACCAACAGCAGAGCAUCCAGCACCAGGCCUUUGGCGGCAACCAAGCGCAUAACCUCAACCUUUUUGGUCACAACCAGGGCGGCUUUCAAUCAAAUACGGGCGACAUCAGCGGUGCGUUAAGAGGAGGCCUGGGAGCGGCAGCGAACAUCGGCGGGGGCACUGGUCUGGACGGACAAGAGGCGCGCAUGCGCUUUGCUCAUGGGGCACAGUUGCAGGAGAACGCUGUGAGAGGGCAAGAUGGGGCCAAGGGAAUCGCAGGACAGAGAAUACGUGACGUCUGGAGGUCGAAUCUGCAUCAAGAGAUGGCUCUGCUACGGUCACUAAUUGAUCAGUACCCGUACAUUAGCAUGGUUAUUGUCGCCAGACCCAUUGGCGACUUCAACUCGAAAGCGUCAUAUCAUUACCAAACCGUACGUUGCAAUGUCGACCUGCUCAAGAUCAUACAACUCGGCAUCACGCUGUUCUCAGUAAAAGGCGACGUUCCCCCAUCGCAACUCGACAUCUCGCAGCUGAGCUACCAACCGAAACAAUUACAACGGUACCCCAACAACAUCGUCGUCUGCCCCUGCACUUGGACGUUCAACUUCCAGUUCUCGCUCGAGGAUGACAUGUACAAUGAAGAGUCGAUACAGAUGCUCAAGAAAUCUGGCGCCGACUUUGACAAACUUGCAAGCCAGGGCAUCGAGCCUCAAGAGUUUGGUUCACUUCUGAUCACCUCCGGUCUGACCCUUUCGGACGAAGUCAAUUGGAUUAGUUUCCACUCUGGCUACGACUUUGCCUAUCUUAUCAAGAUGCUGAGCGCAAAGCCGCUGCCAGAAGACGAAGAUUCGUAUCGAAAACUGGUCGAGGUCUUCUUCCCCCGCCUCCUCGAUGUCAAGUACCUCUGGCGCCACGCCAAUAACCUUGUGCGCCGCGGCGUGAUAGGCUCAACAGCGACAAACAUCCUCAACAACCUGGGCACAAAGUCUGGCCUGCAAGACCUCGCAGAUGAGCUGGGCUGCCAGCGUGUCGGAAACCCCCACACCGCUGGCUCCGACGCAUGGCUCACCGGCACCGUCUUCUGGGAAAUGCAAAAGAAGAUUUUCGACGGCUCUGUGCCCGAAGAAAUGAACGGUCAGAUGUGGGGGCUCACGGGCGUUGGUCCUCCAGCCAACGCUACCACGCAGGCUGCUGUCCUCGCUGCAUCCGGCGCGCAGAACAUGGGUGGAUUCCAGGGCUUGAAUGGAGGCAUGAUGUUCCACCCAGGUAAUGUGCGGCACGGCGUCGAUGGACCGAGCACGCCGACUAGUCAUCCUGCUGGCCUGGCUACGACGCCAGGCCCGUCGCACGGUGGCAUGAUGACGCCUGGUAAUACUGGCUAUGGCGGCUAUGGCAAGUAG